UAGCCUUGACCAGACGGUUUGUUACGCGUGAAACAGGAUCCUGAAACAUUUAAGUCAUAUUUUAGACUACUGCACUAUUGUCAGAAAUUCAUCUGAAAAUAUCUGGAAUAAUAUGGAAGGGCCCGGUAUUCACGGGAUGCCAAAGUGGGAGAGGAAAGUGCGCAUAGUUUUAUGUGUUUUUGGUUUAGUCUUGUCUGUUUAUGCGCUUCAUGUCGAGGUGUCCAAAGAGAGAAACCCAGAUUACAGAGCGAUGUGCGACGUGGCAGAGUCGGUGAGCUGCUCCAAGGUUUUUACCUCCAGAUGGGGACGUGGUUUUGGUUUGGUCCAGGUCUUUGUGGCCAAAGAGCACCCUCUGAACCAGCCCAACAGUGUGCUUGGCAUCUUAUUUUACACUCUGCAGAUGAGCCUUGGGCUGUCAUUGUCCAGGAGAGCAGCACUGUUUUUGGUCUUCUCCUCCUGGGUGUCUGUUGCUGGUUCACUCUAUCUUGCAUCUAUUCUUGCCUUUGUUCUGGGGGAUUUCUGCAUGGUCUGCGUGUCAACAUACAUUAUAAAUUUUGCAUUGCUCUUCACCAAUUUCAAACGGAGGAGGGCGAUUGAAGGAAUGAAGGAAAAGGCUGGAUAGAAGGUGCUACUUGUGAAAUUCAACACCAUCUUGUUCUGUCUGCUGAACUGAAGCCACACUGGAUCUGAAAAGCAAAGUCUUUCCCAAACAAACUUGAAAAAGCAACAGUGAUUUUUGUAUAUCACUGUGAA